AUGGCGGACCAGAGGUCGAUUUUCCGGCCGUGGGUGCUGGAACCGAUGCCCCUGGGCAUGAACUGUAAGCCCUGGUACAACGACAAACUACCUUCCAGGUGUUUCGCAAAGCACAAAAACAGGCUUCUGAAGUUCCCCACCUCCCUGGACAGCCGGCAGUGGAUAUUUGUGAGGGAAGGGCUGGACGACUUUAGGAAAUGUUGUCCACCUGCUGAGGGUCUGAUCACUCGCGGCCCUAAGGAGGGGUUUCUCCCCAUAAUUUCUCACAGAGUUCCCCAACCUGCCCCCAAAACGAGUCGGGGAAAACCGUCCAAGGAAGCAGGCCUGUUUUCCACGCUCUCACCAGCCCAGCUAGCACGCAAAGCAUUCAUAGAGGACAUCGAAGCUCACCUGACCGAGCGUCCCUUGGUCCUCUACCCCAAUGUGGAAGAAGACAUACCUGCAGAUCUCUUACUAAAGGUCCUGGAAGUGCUGGACCCUGAGAGAAAGCUGAAGGAAACAUGGGCUUACUGUGAGGGUGAAAGGAAGAGCACCAGGAAGCCCAUGAAGCUUUGUAAACGUCAUUCUAGAAAAGUCUUUCCAGGAUCUCCCAAGACAACCGAGUCCCAUCCCGAAGAUUUGAUUCAGGAAGAGGAGCCAAGCACAGCAGAUGUGGACGCUGAUGCUUCUAACUCUAGAUAUGUAUCAGAAGGAAUCCUCGACUUCUGUGAAUGGGUUUCUACUUUUGGAGACUUUGGCAUUAAUAAAGAUUUCAUCCUGAAUCAGUUCGACAUUGCCUCUGAAUGCAAACCAACCUAUGAGGAUGUUUGCAUGAAGAAGGUAAACCUAGUUUCUUCAGAGCUAAAGUACAACACAGAGCUAAGUCAAAAGGAGGAAAUACAAUUCUCCAUUGAGAGAGAAGACUGGGAGAGAAAACUCCAGAAACCAUUGAAUCCCUAUAAACCGAACUGGGUGAAGAUAAGGUAUGGAGCGUGGUAUCUGAAGCCUAGGUUAUGGAAAAAGCUAAUAAAUGAUGAGCCUUUGAUUGACCCCAAGGUCUUACUUGAAACCCAAGGUAGGUCUUUUGGAAAGCCUCCUGAAUACGACAUUCUUGAAGAUCUUUAUGGUACAAUUGCCUUUAAGGAUUUUAUUAUAAGCAAGGGCUACCGGAUGCCAUACCUCCUUGAGAGGUUGUUCACCAGGAAGGGAUGGAGUUACGAUGCUGUUCAGACUCCUAUACCACGAAUGAUGCAAAAACAAGCAAUCUUAGAAAGCAAGGUAUGUGAAGAUGAUUACAAGAUUCUCUAG